CCAGUCUUCUAUAUAUUUCCCUUCUCCUUCCCCUUCCAUUUCCCCCUUCUUCAUUCCAUUAUCACUACACUUUCCUCUUCUUCUCAACACUCUCCCAUUUCCGUAAUUAAUGGCCUCCGUCGCUACUGCUGGAUUCAUCGCCCCAUCUUCCUCUUCCUCUUCCUCUUCAUGUUUUCCCCAUACUAAUCGUCCAAACAAGAAUCGAACUUCCACUAAUCAAUUUAGAGUUUCUUCUUCUUUUUCUUCUUCCGUCGCCGAUCCUUAUCGAACUCUUCGGAUUCAACCCGGUUCCUCUGAAUCUGAAGUCAAAAAAGCCUUCCGACGUCUCGCUCUUAAGUAUCAUCCUGAUGUUUGUAAAGGGAGAAAUUGUGGCGUUCAGUUUGAACAAAUCAACGAAGCUUACGUUAUUGUGAUGAAUAACUUGAGAGGUAUAGCAACAUCAAUAGAGACAUAUGAAACAAAAUAUUCUGAAGGGACUGAUGAACCGAAGACAAAAUAUGGGGAACCAGAUUGGGACUCAUAUGAAGAAUGGAUGGGAUAUGAAGGAGCGUGGAUGGGUGAUUAUUCAUCUCAAUAUUAAUCCCGAAAUUUAAAAUCCAAAAACAAAAAAUUAGAAAUCAGUUAUGAUUUGUUCAUAGAAUUGGUCUUCAAUCUAUCAACAUCAUCAACAUCAUCAACAACCAACGGUUGUGAUGAUUUGGUUUGGCUUGUAUAUAUGGUGGGAAAAGAGGGGAAGUUGAAAAUUGGUAUUAAUUCAUUAAUGUGUGCACCCUUUUUUUUCGAGUGGUGGUGGUGUCGUUGUUGUACAUAUGGUCAAGAACAGAGGCUUUUGGGUCUUUUAAUGAUAUGAAAAGGCUUUGAAGGAAUGGCCUAGCAAAGUUGUGGUGGGACAUUUGUGUUUUUAUCAUUUUAACUCUUUAUUCUGGUUGUUUCCCCAAUCGAACGUGGUUCGUUUCUGUCCAAUAUUAUCCGUUUCUGAAUAAAAUUAAGAGGUGGGGAUAAGAAUGACCAAUUACCCUUGUUGAGUUCCA